AUAUUUGAAUCGAGUACGUGCAAUACUGUCGUUAUAGUCAAUGUUUGUUCGCAAAGUUUUUUCUUGCUUUUUUUUUGUUAACAAUCACGCAGAUUAUAUUUAUAAAAGACAAUAGAGUUUCGCGAAGUAAAUUCAUCGAUCGUUCGUUAAUAAAUAAUUAAAGUCAGUGCAUCAUUUAAAAGAAGAAUCUCGAUCAAUUUUGAUCUAUCUCUGAUUUUCAAUCAUUUACGAAUCCAUUUACCCUCAAUUUCGACCUAAAUCGUGGACGUGUGUUUUGGAGCCAUCGCAGAACAUCUUAAGUAUUAUUAAAUAUUCGAUAUUUUUUAAGUGCUACACGAUAGAAAUCAUGAAUAAUCCCGAUUUAAGUCAAUUAUCAGAUAUAUCUACCAUAUCACGAAUUUCGUUAAGUUCGCGAUUAAUGGGUAAAUUAGAUUCAAUUUUACUUUCUAACGAGCUCGAGGAUCAUUUCAGUUUCAUUGAAAAUAGUAAAGGUACAACAAGUACAGAUCAAGAUAUUAAUGAUCUUAAGGAUAUUACGAAAUUAUUUAUUACAUGUCAGAAUAGUAUCAGUGAUUAUGCAAAGGCAAAAUUGAUUUUCGAAUGUAUAAAAGAAUUAUGUUCGAAUAAAAACUCUACACUUUCUGAAGAAACUAUAGAGAAGUUAAAAGAAUUAUUAGAAUCAUAUGAAAUAAAUAAGAUAAAAAAUCUUUCAAUAACUUUUAAACACACAUUACAAGAUUUAACGAUACUUGGCAUACAAGAUUUUCCUGAUAUUAAACUGAGUUAUGAGGAAAAAUUAAAUAUAAAAGCUUCUGUAGAAGCACUAAUGCAUGAAAAAAUACAUAAUUAUAUGAUAAAAUAUGAGGAAUUGGGUGGUAAUUUAAAAGAGCUUCAAAAAUUAAAUGGAUUUAAUGCUAAUAAUUAUUUACAAGAAAACACAGAUUUUGAAAUAUUGAAGUGGAUAGAUAAGUUUGAGGACAUUUGUGGAGAAUAUAAAAAUUAUGUAUCACAAUAUAUGGAUAUGAUGAAUGAAUGGAGGAAAUUAAAAGAUACAGAUAUAAAUGAAGUGUAUAAUAAAAAAGCACAGAUCUUAUUAUUAAAAUCGGAAGUAAUUGAAGUACAAACUAAUGUAGCUAAAAUAAGUUGCUUAACUAAAAUGUAUACAGAGACACCAAAAACAAUCGAUUCGUAUAGAAUAUUAAAUAAAAUUUUAGACGAUAAAUUGUUAGAAAUAAGUAAAGAAAUUAAAAGAAAGAAAUCUUUGGAAAAGCUUUAUCGUGAUUUAGAAAAUACAGAAUAUGAUAAUAUUUUAGAGACAUACUUACACCUCUGUAGUGCUAUUAAAAAGAAAAAACAGAUUAUGGAAAUGCUUUGAAAAAAUAUAUGUAUAUUUUUUUUUUAUACUUGUUUAUGAUAAUAUCUCUAAUAUAAUGAUUAUAAUUAUUUCUAAUUAUAUUUUAAUUAUAUUUAUCUAUGAUUCUAAUUAUAUUUGUUUUAAUUAUUUGUAAUUGGAUAACAUUUUGAAAUUUUAUUUAAUAGAAAUAAAUAUAAUCUAUAAACAAUAUAUAGAAAAUGAAUCGGCAAAUGUGAAUGCUUAUGUUGUAUAUGAAGAUUUAUAGAAUAAAUGAUACUUAGGAAUA